ACUCGGGCUGCUAUUGCAGAGCUCUGAUUCUCACUCACACUUGUGACUACUUCCUGAGGGAGAAUGAAAACACACGCCCUCAUUUCAGCCUAAACACGGAGGAGAGAGGUUCUCUCUGCUGCUGUAGUAUAUUUACAUUUUAAGCAGUAAUUGCGUUCAUGCAGAUAUUGGUGAACCCUUCUACAUUUACUAUACUGCUUGGAUAACAUCACCAGAGGUUUUACAGCAAUGUCUGAGAAUUUAGUGUACCUGGUCACUGGAGGAUGUGGUUAUAUAGGGGAAUACAUUGUAAAGCUAUUAACCACUCAGAAAUAUGUGAAAGAAGUGAGGGUUUUUGACAUAAAUGAAAGUGAAGAAAUCAACCAGUGCAAUACAGCUUCUGUCCCUGUAAAACUUAUUAAAGGAGAUAUAACAAACUAUGAUCAGCUCCUAAAAGCCAUGGAAGGGGUCCAUGUCGUUAUCCACACGGCUGCUCUACUAGACAUUUUGGACACAAUGCCUUUUAAAAAAAUGAAGGACAUCAAUGUUGGAGGUACAGAGAAUGUGAUCAAUGCAUGCAUUGCUAAUGAUGUACCCUACAUUGUUUACACAAGUUCCAUAGCUGCCGUUGGUCCUAACACAAAUUCGGAACCAAUGAUAAGGGCCACAGAGGAGACAGUGUAUACCGGUGAGAUAGAACUAUCAUAUGGCAAAACUAAGGCUCUUGCAGAACGUUUAAUUCGCCAGGCAAAUGGCAAAAAGACAAGGCAUGGAAAACAGCUGGUCACCUGUGCUAUUCGACCAAGUACCAUAUAUGGUGAAAAAACGAAAAAUGUACUGGACAGCUAUUUGUCUGCCAAAGCUAAACAUGUUAUAAAUUAUAUUGAACCUGCAAAUAUAGAUUCUCAGUACACAUAUGUUGGUAAUGUGGCUUGGAUGCAUGUACAGGCUGCCUGGCACUUGCGCUUAAAGCCAGAACUCCUUGGAGCUGAAGUGUACUAUGCAUAUGACAACACUCCCAUGAGGCAAAGAUACAAACUCCUUUACGAACUGUUCACUGAAAUUAAUCCCUGCAUCCAAAUGGGCAGCCACAUUCCUUAUUGGAAGAUGUGGUUAAUUAUUAAUAUCUACAACAUCAUUCAAUUUAUUGUGAGACCAUUCUGGAAUUUAAAACCAUUCAUGACAUUGCCUAUUCUGAAUAUAAUCGUCACAUCAUUCUCUUACGAGACAGACAAGGCAUUCAGGCACUUUGGAUACCAACCUCUGUUCGACUGGGCUGAGAGUAAGAAAAGAACAUGUGAAUGGUUAAAGAGUAUGGUCCAUGAUGUACCAAAAGAACAUGGGAAACACAAAGAAACAUAGGCCUGAUUUAUGAUCAUUUAACAUGAAUGUCAUGUAUGCUGCAAGUCCCUAUAAUCCUGCAUGACACCUCAAGAUUUUUAUUCUAGAAAAUACACGGCUUUACAAUAGUGGGACUUUCUUCAUACCUUUUUUUAAAUAUAAAUGAGCUCUCUGCUCUGCAUUUUAUUCAUGAACAUAUUUUGGAUAGCCAAAGAACUAAAUGAGGCUUACACAUGAGACUUCUAGUUUUAGCCAGAUUAUAUGAUGGCUCAGCCACUAAUGAAAAUUCAAGCAUUUGGUACAUGUUUUUGAUGUUUAUUUAAUGUUUAAAAUACUGUUUAGCAGACUUAAGAUAUGGUGAUGUAAACUAUGGAAAGACUCCUUAUCUAUAGAACCCCAGGUCCCAAGCAUUAUGGGUAACAGGGACCUGUAUCUGCAACUUCUAUACUGAAGUGUAUUCUGAUAAUAAAAAUACUUUGGCAAUGAUUUAUUAAAAUAGACAGUUACAGUA